AUGAUUGACGAUCAAGACUUGGGGUUCUUUGCCAAUUUUCUUGGCAUCUUUAUAUUUGUCUUGGUGAUCGCUUAUCACUAUGUAAUGGCAGACCCAAAGUAUGAAGGAAACUAGUGCUCGAGGAAAUGGUAUCUUUGUAGUUGCCACAGUAAACACUUGUGACUUUGUAAUGGCAGUGCUUGAGAUAAUGAUAUGUUUUAGGACUUAUUAGUGCUUUUUCGGACUUGUAUUUAAGAAAAAUGACAAUCUUUACAAGAAUGAUUUAUAUUUUGUUAUGGUUAUAAAUGUCUUUUGAGACAAACUUGCACGAAUUUGCCAUCUUCUUGAUAAUGAGAAACAACCAGCUUUGUGUCA